GCCUACUGUCAUCUCUAACCUAAACAACUCAAGUCUAUUUGCUAAAGAAACCCGCGAAAUUGUUCCGCCUGUAAACAAAUGGCACAAAACACUAAAAAUAUUGAACUGAGGCUCCAAGACGUUGACGUCUUAACAGCGGGAAUCACUGCGGAGUUUGUAAUUAGCAUACUCGACUUUCUUUUAUUUCACCGUAGUCAAAUUCCAUUCGUGUAUAAAACAUACAAAUAUUAUGUGAACAAAUGGGAUGAGGAUAACCACAAGGAAAAUAAACAAGAAUCUUUUAAUCACUAUCAAUUACAAAAGCAGCGUUCCUUGGCUAAAGAGACUAAGGAUGCCAUCAGCAAUAUGCGAGAACUGAUACGACGAACGUUUAGGGGAAACAAAGCCGUAAAAAGUUUACGAUUUCUGUUUGGAAAUAAUACAUUUAUGCCAUCAGAAUCGUACACAGUACACAUACCACACGCAUCUAUAUCAAAAUACCACGGUGAUCUGCACUCCAUGCCAGAUGGGCCAAUGAACCAAACACUUCUGCAGCUGCUCACAUGCGAGGAGCUCUACUCGCUGUGGUCCACAGAGCUGAAGGCCACUAAUGUGUUUCUGGAACUGGAACUAUUGACAAGUGAGCAAGAGCAACAGGUUGACACUUGGAAACUAUUUCCUAAGGAUGUCAUCAGUCAGCUUCCCCGAAGUUGUAAAAAUGUUCAUUUGCAUUUGUUGCAUGUGAAUGAGAAGGAAAAAUCGGACCUGCAAUGCUGCAAGGAAUUAACUAUAUAUGAGGAUAUCGCCAUUUUGAAUUUACAUUCAACAGAUGUCAAGGACGAAGUGUGUAUUGAAGAGACAGAGCAAAAGACUGGGUGGUGGCAAGCCGAUGUAAUAGUUCAUGGAUUUAGAGCACCAAAAUUCGACUUGUGGUCUAGCUAAAAAAUUUGGAAAUAUUUUACCUUAUGUGCCAAUAGUAAAAAUUAGAAUUUUACAUAUACGAAUUCUG